AUGCUGACCCUUCCCCCCGACACAAUCGACGAUCUCAUCUACGACGCCCGCGCCGGCGAUCUCCCCUCAUUACGAGAGACGCUGACGAGUCUGAGCCAGCAACACGCCUGCAGCGUAUCUGAUCUCGUGGCCGUCGCGAUUGACGUCGCGCCGGAGGAAGAAGGUGGAACAGGAUGUUGUUUGUUGCAUUAUCCGGCUGCGAAUGGGAAUUUAGAGAUCCUAACAUACCUCCUCCAAACCUUCGAUGACUUGACGAAAUCCAAAAUCAUCAACCAUAAGAACCAUUCCGGGAAUACGCCGUUGCAUUGGGCGGCACUGAAUACCCAUCUGGAAUGUGUCAAGGUCUUGGUGGAUGCGGGCGCAGAUAUCACCCUGACCAAUGAUGCUGGGUUAGAUGCGGUGUUUUUGGCCGAGAGGGCAGAUUGGUCUGGCCAGGAGGUGAAGGACGGCAAUAAAAAUGAUAAUGAUAAUGAGAAUACUGCUUCUGGGACCGAGGCCGAGGCUGAUGUUGAGAUGGAGACUGCGGCCGAACAGGCGCCUCCGUCGAAAGGUCGGCAAGUGGUUGAGUGGUUGUUGGCAUCGGAGAAGGGAGGUGAGCUUGAGAGUGGUGUGGGUGGACAGGAGGAGGAUGAGAAAUGA